AUGGAGAGCCCUUCUUCUAAUUCAUCUUCAUCCGGACACACCGCCCACAAGGAGAUCUUCUCCGCCUGCAAGAUGGGCGACCUGAACAAGCUGAAGCGGUACCUGACGCCGGCCAAUGUCAACAUACGGGACACCUCGGGAGGAAGGUCUACGCCGCUGCACUUUGCCUCCGGCUUCGGUCGCCUGGUGGUGGUGGAGUACCUGCUGGCAAACGGCGCCAACAUUCACGCCAAGGACGACGGCGGUCUAGUUCCCCUGCACAACGCCUGCAGCUUUGGCCACGUCGAGGUGGUCCGUCUGCUGCUCAAAUCAGGCGCCGACCCCAAUGUCAAGGACAACUGGCAGUACACGCCGCUGAUGGAGGCCGCCCUGAAGGGCAAGGUCGAGGUGACCAUUCUCCUGCUGCAGAACGGCGCCGACCCCGCCCUGCUCAACUCCGAGGGACGGCCGGUGCUGGAGCUGGUCGCCGGCACUGGCAGCACGGCCAACGCCGCCGCCAUCAGGGCCGUUCUCAGCGGCGAGUACCGCAAGGAUGAGCUCCUGGAGGCGGCCAGGGGAGGGGCGGAGGACCGCCUCUCCGCCCUCCUCACGCCGCUCAACGUGAACUGCCACGCGGCGGACGGACGCCGCUCGACGCCCCUUCACCUCGCCGCCGGCUACAACCGACUGAAGAUUGUGCAGCUGCUGCUGAGGGCGGGCGCCGAUGUGCAGGCGAAGGACAAGGGCGGACUGGUUCCGCUGCACAACAGCUGCAGCUAUGGCCACCUGGAAGUCUCGGAGCUGCUGAUCAAGGCGGGCGCCGAGGUGAACGCCGCCGACCUGUGGCAGUACACGCCGCUGCACGAGGCGGCGGCGAAGAGUCGCCUGGAGGUGUGCUCGCUGCUGCUCGCCCACGGCGCCGAUCCGACGCUGGUCAACUGCCACGGCAAGUCGGUGCUCGACUGUGCCCCGACGAGGGAGCUGGCGGAGAGGCUGGCCAGGGAGCACCGAGGGCACCUCUUUCACGAAGCCAUUCGCAGUUCAACAGGAGGAGGCUCUCUGAGCAAGCUGAAGAAGAUGAUCAACGCCGAGGUGAUCGCCUUUCGGCACCCCUUCACCGGCGAUGGCUGUCUCCACGUGGCCGCAGCACAACAAAGCUCCUCCUCCUCAACUCAAAGCACUCCCAAACUUCGCAAACAGCUCCUGGAGCUGCUCAUCCGCAAGGGCGCCCCCGUCAAUGAGAAGCAAAGUCUCGGUCAGCAGCUGACGCCGCUGCACAUGGCCGCCGACCGCGGGGCCACCGACCUGAUGGAGGUGCUGCUGAAGCACGGCGCCAAGAUCAACGCCCUCGACUCGCUGGGGCAGACGGCCCUGCACCGGUCCUCGCGCAUCGGCCAGCUGGCCGCCGUCCAGACGCUGCUCUCCUACGGCGCCGACCUCUCGCUGGUCAGUCUGCAGGGCUACACGGCGGAGGCGCUGGCCGCCACCGAGCCG